AUGACGUCGCAUAGUUCGGCUGGUCCGAACAAAGUCGAUAAUCUGACGCAUUUGCUCGACCAGAAAGAAUCGGGGGAAGUGGAUUCCGAAGCUAAGAAUGCUAAGGGUGAGACCGCAUUGCACGUUGCAGCUAAGAACGGAAGUAACGAGGCAGCCAAGAAGCUUCUCGACUCGAGUGCCUGCGUGGAUGCGAAAACAAAUAAGGGAAAGACUCCUCACAACUAUCUUCGAGACGGCCUACAAAAUCAAGAAUCGAAAGAACGCCUCGUCCAAAAGAACGUCCCAUGCAAAACUAACAAUCCAACAAGAAAUAUCGACACUGCAAAUCAAAUUAAGAGUACUAUCCGACAUAUUUACAAUGCAACGGGCCAUUCAGCUUAUCCAUAUAAUUACAACUUCGCCCAACAGAUUUACAACAAGUUCGACUCGCUCCCUGCGUUUGAGAAACUUGUUAGCAAUCGCACAGUGGGGUCUAGCAACAUUAUAGAAUAUUUGAAUAAAAAAAGGCGCCUCGAAAAAAGGCAAGAGCCGAAGAAUGAAACGAAAAAGGGAAAGAUGGAUGAGCGAAAGAUGGUUGAGUUUGAAGACGAACUAUCGAAAAUAGUCGGACUGAAUGAGCUUAAACAGCGGCUCAGGACAUGGGCAAAAGGAUUGCUCAUGGAUGAGAAGCGUCGAGCAGUCGGGAUAAAACUCGGACCGAGAAAACCACCUCACAUGGUAUUUCUCGGAAAUCCCGGGACAGGUAAGACCACCAUAGCACGAAUCUUAGGCAAACUACUCGAAUCUGUUGGUGUGCUUUCUUCCGAUAAAGUGGUAGAAGUUCAAAGAACCGAUUUGGUAGGAGAGCACAUUGGACAUACCAGACCCAAGACUAAAAAAAAAAUUAAAGAGGCAAUGGGGGGCAUUUUGUUUGUAGACGAAGCGUAUCGUUUAGCGCCCUGGUCGUCGGGUCGUAGCCAUGACUUUGGUAUGGAAGCAUUGGAAGAGAUUAUGUCCGUGUUGGAAGAUGGGGAUAUUGUGGUCAUUUUCGCAGGCUAUACCGAGCCGAUGAAGCGCGUGUUCUCGUCAAACGCAGGGUUCUGCAGAAGGGUUACCCACUUUUUCCAAUUCGAUGAUUUUACGUGCAAAGAUCUCGCAGAGAUGGUGAUGAUAAAGAUGACUAAGCUAGACGAAAAGAGCCGAUUGUACGGUUUUAAGCUCGAUUCCGCGUGUACUUACGAUGCUAUUCUUCAAGUGGUAGAGAACAACUCCACGGAGAAGCUGCGGAGUAAUAUGAAUGGAGGUUUGGUGGAUCAUAUGUUGAACAAUGCCAGAGAAAAUCUCGAUUUGAGGCUCAAUUCCGAAUCGGAAGUUGAUGAACUAUGCACGAUCACGUUAAAACGGUUGCACAACGAGCGAAUGUCAACUGAAAGAUAG